CUUGAUAAAAUUCCGCAAGGAGCGCUGGCAGAAGCGCUGGACCGCGCAAGUCUGACCGGGAACACAAAUGAGCUGGGCCCAAAUCCCAGAGCAGCUACGCAAUUAUUUGCAUACAGAGCUUAUCAAUCAUAUCGUGUGUUCAUCACAGCAACACUAGGCGCAUGAAAACAGAAGAGAAGCUGUCUAGACCCGUGCGCAAAACUAGCGAAUUCUCGCGUCCAUGCCCAAAGUUCUCCCAAUUUUGCAUAUAGGCUACAUAUCUCAGUUCUUCAGUCCUGAGAAACGCAACUCCGGGUAGCUCCUUCCGGCGAGUUCUUGAGUAGCUUGCGAGAUGCUGUUCUGAUAGCAGCGACGCGCUCGUGAGGGCGAGGAGCAUGCCUGUCAGCCCAGCGUCAAGCUGGAGAACAUGGAUUGACGUCGGCCGCGUCAUGAACACGGUCCGGAGCGUGGGCACGCGCCUGGGCGUGUCCCAGCGCUCGGCGCAGGUGUCCCUUCUUCCGACCCAGCACUCCACGGGCGGGCGAUAUGCGCAUCGGCCUCAGAACCUCGCGCAGACGCGCUUGCAGCAGCUCGGCGUCGGCGGCGUGCUUACCCUGCUGGUGCUGCUGCUCCUGUACUUUGACAGCGGCGCGCCAAAGGCGGGAAGCUCGCAGUACAUACUCGUCCAACCACACGACAGCGGCAGCAGCAGUAGCGGCAGUAGCAGCAGUGUGAGCAGCAUCAGUAGCAGUGUGACGAGUGGCGGAGCCCCACUGCAAGGACCGGCGGGAGGAGGCGGCGGUGGAGGUGGGGGCACUGGCGUGACCCCUGCUGCUCAGUGCCGGGCCCUGGCAGCACUGCAGGUGUGCAGCCAUCGGGGUCAGGGCGGCCUCGGCGCUAACGACACGGCCGCCGCCGCCAGCGCGCCGCUGUUGGAGCGGGUGGCGGCGCUGGCAGCGGCGGGGGUGUCGUGCUUUGACCUGGACGUGGUCUCCACCUCGGAUGGCAAGCUGGUGGUGGGCUAUGGGCCGCACAUCGCCGCGGCGCUGCACCAGGCGGGCCGGCCAGUCAAGGCGGGGCAGCAGGUGGAGUCUGUGCCCUGGUCCGAGUACGUGCAGGCGGGCCUCACGGAGCGGUACCCGCAGCUGGCGGAGGUGCUGGAGGCCUUUGAAAAGGUGGUGGUGCAGACUGGGCACAAGGCAGCUGCGGCCGCCACCACCGGCAGUAGCAGUGGCAGUGGCGGCGGCGCUGCUGACGCGGCCGGCGAAGCGGCCACAGGGGCCAAAGGCAAAGGUGCCGGGGAUGCUGCAGCCGGCGGUGCCUUGGGGACCGACGGCGCCGCUACGACUGCUACUGCCGCGGACACCGCGGGCACCGCCGGCAGUAGCAGCACUGGGGCAGCCCAGGGGGCCACCGGAACCGGCACGAACCGGGACUCAGCCGCCGGCGCCAAGGUGACGGGCACAGCCGCCGCCGGCGUGGCUGGCGCGAAUGCGGCCGCCACCGGCACAGCGGCCGCAGGAACAGGUGCCGUGGCCGGCGGCGACGGCGCCGCUGGGGCCGGCAGCGCGGCAGCUGGGGCGGCGGCGAUGGACGGCGGCCGCCACCACCACCACCGCCGGCGGCGGCGGCGGCGGCAGCUGCACCAGGACGAUGACGCUGGCAGUAGCACCGCCACCGCCACGACCACUGGCAGCAGUAGCACCAGCAGCAGCGGCAGUGGCAGUAGCAGCAAGGCUCGGCCCCUGUUGCUGGUGGAGUUCAAGGACGGGGCUAUGUCGGAGCGGUCAGUGGCGCAGCUGCAUAACCUCACAGGGGGGCUGGGGGUGGAGGGCUUCGUGGGCGUGUGGCUGGUGCUUAGGCCGGAGCCGCACCCCGCAACAAAGGAGGUGGACGCCUACCUGCGGCGGCCGGGUGUGGGGCUGGUCAAGGUGCUGGGACUGCCCGACAGCAGCCGCCUGCCAAACGGCACGCUGGCGCCCCUGCCCGACGCCGAGGCCGCACUGCUGCAGGUCGCAGACCCCUUCCCCGCCGCCGCCUACGACGCCUACGGCCCCAGCGCCCGACACAGCGACGCCUUCCUUCAGCGCGUGGCGGCGCUGGCGUCAGGCACCGAUGGCGGGGACGGCGCGGGUGCGGGUGCUGGUGGAGGUGGAGGUGGAGGUGGAGCAGCGGCGGGGGCGGAGAGGGUUAGGAAGCCGGUGGUGUGGUGGGUGGUGGAUUCGGAGGCGGAGGCGACCCGUGCGGCGCGGCUGGGCGCGAGUGCGGUGGUGUCAAAUGACCCGGUAGGUCUGGCGGCGCAGCUGGCGGCGGCGGCCGCCGCGUGUGAUAGUGUUGGAGACGGCGGCGGGGCGGUAUCCGGGGCCGGGGAAGGAGAAGGGGAGGGGGAGGCGAACACCGCAGGGGCGAAGCGGACGGUGGCGGGGCUUGCGGCGGAGGCCGAACGCAUCAGUGAGGGGGCACGGGCAGGCGGGGCGGAAGGCCAGGAGGCGGGGGAGGACGUGGAUGGCGUGGGAAGCGGUGGCGACGGCGGCGUGGAGGCGGAGGAUGAGGAGGGAGAGGAGGGUGAGGCGGGUGAGGAGGGAGAGGAGGAUGAGGAAGGAGAGGCGGCAGGCAAGGAGCACUGAGGCUCGGCAGGAUGGAGUGGCAGGGGGCGGUGGUGAGGCCAGGCGAUCGGCAGCAGUAGCAGGAAAGACAUUCUUUUAUUAUAGCGGCUGAACAUGCAUGGGAUUGCGGCGAAACGCUGAGACGCAGAGAUACGUGGAUCGGUUAUGCACUUGAAGGGAGGAGCGUUGGGACUGGGGACACGUUGUGCGCCGGGGGGGGAGGAGUGUUUUGCCUGUCAACACAUUGUGGCCGCAGGCCGCUGGCUCCGACGAGACUGUGUUACUGUAAUGGACUGAAAUCGGCUGUAUACGGGGGCCACGGCACGAUUAGGCGUCUGGGCGAUGCAAAGGCCGGAUGUAAGCCAGGGGAGGAAGGAGCUGUAAGAAAGGCGGAAG